AAGAUGGUUAUUAAGCUGAUAAGAACAGAUGUUAUUACAGAUGACCGGACUGAUAGUUUUGUUCAUCCAGAACGCUUUCAUGAUUUUCAUUACAUUGGUGGAGGCUCUUUUGGGAGAGUAGUCUCUGCCAAAGACACAGUUAGAGAUGACUACAUGGUAGCAAUUAAGAAAAUAUCCGUUCAAAGGCAUGCUAAUGCUAGAAUGUCAGAUGUUAAAAAUCUGUUGAGAGAAGUUGUUAUUCUGCGGUAUGCUAAGAAUCCUCAGAUUGUCGAACUGGUCUCUAUUUACAUGGAGCUUCAAGAUGAUAUCGAGAAAGUACCAGUCUCCAUCUACAUUGUUAUGAAGUAUUGCGGAGAGAAUCUUGUUGAUUAUAUGGCAAAAAAUCAAGAUCGACUUCCUCUCGGGCAAGCUGCAGAAAUUGUGUACAAUAUUGCUCGUGGACUAAAUUUUCUCCACAAAUUGGAAAUCUAUCAUCGUGAUUUGAAGCCUAAUAACAUUUGUAUUGAUGAGAAUGAUGGAAAUUUUCGAGCUAAGAUCAUUGAUCUGGGUUACGCACGCAAGAAACCGCACGACACAAACGAAAUCACGAGUAUGAUAGCUACUGUGUGUUAUAGAGCCCCUGAGAAUCUCUUUGGUCUCAAAUUUAAAGAAAAACAGGACGUAUGGUCGUUGGGCUGCAUUCUUGGCUACCUAGCCUCUUCUAAAAACAUAUUCCGAUAUAUGAGACGAGAGCUCAAAGAAAGCUCUGGUACCCUCCAGCUGAUUCUUCGCUAUCUGGGUAAACCCAGCAUUAACUUCAUCAAUAACUUAAACGAGAACAGAACAUCUAUUGACCGUUUACUGUGGCGAGAUUUUAAUAAACUAUUCGAGGCUGACAAUGAAGAGCACGGACAUGGUUUUGACACAUUCCUUGAACGACAUGAAAAUGAUCCAAAGCGAGGUGAAGCAUUGGAUCUUAUGAAUGGAAUGCUAAAGUGGCAUCACGAAGAACGGUUGAGUAUUCAAGAUAUCAUAGAGAGUGACUUUGUGGCUGAAUUUCGAGAUGAAAGAUUUGAGAAAUUACCGCCUCCCGACUUGGUUACCAUGAUCAAAGAAAUUCUUGAUGAAAAUGAAGAUGACAUAAAAGAAUACCAGAUUCGAAAAGAUUACAACGGCUUAAUCCAAAAUUACCUGUAUACAUACAUAGCUGAAGAAUUUGGUUACGAUGAGGAUGUCAAGGACCAUUAUUCUUAUUCACCUAGCAGUGAGUAGCUUAUGCAAAAAAUGGUUAUCUUACAACAUAUGACGACAUUUGCUGUUCUCGGUACAUUAGCUGGUAUCUCCUACAGUUACUGGAAACAAGCUGUAUUCCCAUGGAGGAUACUAAUAGGUGGGACUGUGGUGGUAUUCUCUCUAUCAGCUCUUAAACGGGGGCUAUUUUGAUGGAGUUGAGUGAAAGUGCCUUAUCUGAUUAUUAAACUUUUCGUGUUGUGAAUAUUAAUAGGGGGCAUAUUCACAACAGAAGAAAGGCGUAAUUGGUGGUUGUGAUUUUUAGUAAUAUAUUUUUAUAGCUUUUGGGUGGUUUUUUAGAUUUUUUAGUUUUUUCGUGUUAAUAUGUUAGUUUUUAUCUUAAUUAUGUAUAAAUGUGUGCUCAAUUAAUUAAUUUUGAUUUAACAACAAUUUGACUUUGAAAUAUUUCUAAGAAUAAGACUUUAUUUUUAUAAAUAAUUGAAUAAGUUGUACUUUAAUCGCAAUUUGUUUUUUCUAGAUUCACUAGCUCUGUUGAUAUUCAUUCGUCUACAAUGUUUUAGGACGUCAAUUCGCGUAUGGUUAAUUUAUAAUUAUUAUACUCUGUCUGCAAGUUAAGUUAUUAUCUACAAAAUCAAUGAAUUGUUAUCCUCCUAAUUGUCCUAAAUGUUCUUAGUUAAUAUUCAAGUCGGUCCACUUUCUGAA